AAUAACUUAUGCUGUUUUCUUAACAAUAGGAUUACAACCCUAGAGAAAUUUAUUAACCUAGUUCAAUGAGCUAUGGGGCUGGAAUAUAAAAACCUUAGAAUCAGCAAGCUUAUUACAAUUAGCAACCAAGAACUAGGGCAGAAAGAGUAAAUAGUAGUUUUUAAUAGAUUAGGAAUAUUUAAAGGAAGUUAAUUCUUAAUAAGCUGUAAUGCAAUCAAGAUGUAAAGAUUUAUAUAAAGUUUGAAGAAUUUGAUACACCUUAAAAAGAUGACAUGAAAACACUUUUACAUAGUCCAGCUCCAAAUACUACUUUAUUUUAAUAGGGUAUAAGAUAUAUUAAUUGUUAGAAUAAGAGAGGUUUUUAAAGGAUUUUGCAGUUCAGGAUAAAUAGUAAAGGGAAUUAUAAAAUAAAUAGAAACAGUUAUAAUAUGAAUCAAGAAGAUUAGCAAAUUUAGAGAGAGAAGGUAUGAUUUGGUAGAGAAAUGAACUUUAUCAAUAAAAAGUAUUUAUUUUUAUAUGAAAAUUAGGAUGAACUGAAAAGGCAAUAUCAUUAAGAGUAAUUUACUUAAGGCAAAAGAAAUCUAAAUGGAUUAGCAUAUAAUCCUUUAACAUUAGAGUAUGCUUAAAACGAACAAGGUUAAGCUCUAAAAAGAUAUGAUGAUAUGAGUUAAGUGAGAUAAUUAGUAAGAGCUUAAAAUUUAGAUAAUAGAGCAAACUGUGGUUAUAAUUUAUUGACAGGUAAAAAUAUAAAUUCUAUUUAAAAAGGUGAGAAUCGUAAAGGUGUAGAAGAUAUAGUGCCAGAUGAUCUUAAAGGUCAUUAUUAAAAUAAAUUAUAAGAAAGAGAUAAUCAAUUAAAUAUAAAACACUAUGCUCUUUAAUAAUAAUUAUUAUCUAAACAAUAUUGA